CUGAAUCUGAACAAGGCGUUUGGAUAUUCCGAAUCACCACACUGGAACUAGCUGAAGAUAUAGACGUUUUUAGUGGAUGCUAGUAGUCUAUUCACAAAAUCAACCAGUUUAUUUCAUUUCCCUAUAAAGACACUGGGUGCUGAAAUUACACAGGUUGGUUUGAAGUGUGCGUUACAAAGCUGGUUUGUUGUUGGACACUUUACACGUGCAUGGCUGAUGUAUGCCAUCCCUGGGUAUUAUUUCUGUUUACGGUGACAGCUUUCGUAACCAUACUCUGAAGGCGGAUGUCGAUGGCUUUUUGCUUGAAGAUUUAAAUAUGACAGCACAAAAUCAUGAUGAGAACGCUCCUCUUUUAGGAGAUGUUAGUGAUAACUUUUCUCCUGAUUCAUAUUCACCACUUGUAAACGAAAUACAUAACGAUUCAGACUUUAAAAAUGUUUUACAAAGUGCUCUUCAAGCUAUUGAGUCUGGAAUAUUGCCCGAGAGAAUUUAUCAAGGGUCAAGUGGAAGUUACUUUGUUAAGAAUGCUAAUGGAGAGAAAAUUGCAGUAUUCAAACCGAAGGAUGAAGAGCCCUAUGGGAAGCUUAACCCGAAAUGGACAAAAUGGAUGCAUAAACACUGCUGCCCUUGCUGUUUUGGUCGAUCAUGUUUGGUUCCAAAUCAAGGUUACCUUUCAGAGGCUGGUGCCAGUCUUGUAGAUCAGAGACUACGGCUCAAUAUUGUUCCUAGAACAAGAGUUGUUCGUUUAGUAAGCGAAAGUUUCAACUACAGCACAGUUGAUCGCGCAAAAUCUAGGACUAAACAACACUUUGCUUCACGGUUCCCUGAGUUAGGUCGUCAUUUCAACCGUCUUGGGCUUCCUCCAAAAAUUGGAUCUUUCCAGCUUUUUGUUUCUGGUUGUCGAGAUGCUGACUAUUGGCUUCGUCAUUUCGAUAAUGAAUCACUUCCUAAGCCUACAGCUUCAGAAUUCCGAUUUCAGUUUGAAAAACUUGUUAUACUUGAUUAUCUAAUUCGGAAUACAGAUCGUGGGAAUGAUAAUUGGCUUAUUCGUUAUCAAAGUUCAGAACUAAAGGAAGAUACAGAUGAGACCAAUAAAGAUGAUUGGGGUGUUGUUGAUAUGCCAAAAAUAGAAUUAUUUGCAAUCGAUAACGGUUUGUCUUUUCCGUUCAAACACCCAGAUGAAUGGAGAGCAUAUCCUUUCUAUUGGGCUUGGCUUCCUAUGGCUAAAGAGCCAUUUUCAGAUGCGAUUAAAGAAGCUGUUCUUCCAUUAUUAUCUGACAUGCACUUCAUCAAUAGUCUAGUUCGUGAUCUUCAUAAUUUGUUCAAAGUGGAUCCAGGUUUCGACUUAUCUACUUUUCAUAAACAAAUGUCCGUUUUACGUGGUCAGGUUGUGAAUUUAGUCGCAGCUCUACGGGAUUCAAAAAGCCCGUACGAUCUUGUACGAAUGCCAGUACUAACUUUAGAGUUGUCCACUAAGAAGCGUUCUACAAAACAUAAUUGGCCACAUCGACGGUUAGCAGCUGGUUUCGCUCAAAAUGAAAAUGUACCUGAAAUUUCUACAUAUCGCAAUAAUUAUAAUAAUCUUACAAUUGAUGUCAACCCUACAAAUAGUGUACAGACUAAUCAAGAUUCAGUAUUCACUGAAAAUCAAACAAAUAACUUAGUCGAUUGUGAUAAUAUAAUAAAUCUUGAUAGCUGUCAACCAGAUGUAAAUUCAAGACAUACACAUGAGAUUGAUAUUGUUUCUGCUGCUACUGGUAGUGGAGGUGUUAAUGACGAUGAUGAUGAUGAUGCAUUGGAGCAUGGACUAGUUGCUUUACCAACUUUUAAAAGUAAACAAAUUAUGUUGAAUAAUAAUAAUGACAGUAAACAGACUGAAGUGGAUCUAGCCGACAGUGCUGGUGAUGAUGCUGAUGAAAAUGAUGAACAGCGCUUCAAUUUACGUUAUUACAAAAAACCUUUUUUCACUUGGUUUUAAAAAUCUAUUCUUUCCCUCGUUUAUCCAUUCACUAAUUUUGAUGUUGUGUAAACAAAAGAAUACAUAUAUUUGUCUUUCUUUUUCUGAUUAUUGACACAUUAAAAUUGUGUUGACAAUCAGAAAAGAGAAAAAAUGAUUUCCAACAUGAAGUUGUGACAUUUUUAUGGUAACUAAUGAUAAUAUAUCUUUUAUUAAUUUGUAUAAUCCAAAUUCUAACUUUCUAAAUCCCUUUAAUAUAUUAUUAAUUUGUACUGGUUCGCUCCUCUGUUUAUCCAUACCCCUUUUAAAUACCCUUUUCAACUUAAUUUUUUCUUCCGGAACUUUGUACAGUUUUGAUUAUAUAUAUAUAUAUAUAUAUAUAUAUAUAUAUAUAU